AUGGGAUACCCAAAGACAUUGAAAGCAGUUUCUAGGAAAGUGACUAAUAAUAUUGUAAUUGCAUCAUGUGGCUUUACUAGAGCUAAUACGCUUAAUUUUGGAGCUAGAAUGGCUUUGUUUAAUUAUGAUAAUAAUAUUGUGGUUUGGUCAGCAAUUCCUUAUGGAGAUGAGGUCGUUAAGGCGUUAGAACUAUUAACAGGAGAUAAUGGUGGUGUAUUCAAUAUAACACACUUGGUUAUCCCGGAUAAAGAACAUACCAUGGCUGCGAGAUCAUUCAAAUCGAAUUAUCCUAACAUGAAAAUUAUCGCAAUGGAGACAGUGGAUUUGGGCAAAGAUUGUCCAAUUGACUACACAAUUACGUCGAAGAUAGCUAAUCAACUAAUUGAUAAACGUGCGUUAUCUGAAGAUAUAGGAAUCCAAGACUCUGUCAUUUUAAACAAUUUUGAAUUUGUAUAUCUCCCAACACAUGCAAAUAAGGAGCUAGUCAUGUUUGAUAAGAAUUCUAACAUUCUAUUCGAAGCUGAUUUGCUAUUCAAUUUGGGGGUUCCAGGAACAACCUCAGGGAAGGUCACAUUGGAACAAUUUUCCACCUCCACUGGUUAUCCGAAGAAUUUCAAGCCUCAUCUGGGUCGUUCAUUUUUAACUAGAUACCUUCAGCCCAACAGUAAGGUAGGAAAUUGGUUAGCUAGAUCAGUUACCAAGACUAGUAACCCUGAUUCGCAAAAAGGAUUGAGAGCUAUCUACAAUUCAUGGGACUUCGAGAAGAUUGUAAUGUGCCAUGGUAACAUUAUUGAGAAAGAUGCUAAAGGUGCAUUCAAGAGCGUAUUCAGCAGUGCAUUGGAAUGA